ACAUCGAUCACUGACGCUGCAUCACUGACAAUUGUAAAAUUUUCACGGCGGACCAAAUAUUUUUAGAAGAGCCGUUUGAACUUGUCCGCCUUUCUGAAAUUUUAUCCUCAUCCCCCCUCUAACGUAAAAUUGUACAGGCCCUGGAUACUGUUUGUAGGCACCCAGCGCGCUUCUCAAACUGUCAUACAGUCACAGUAAACGCCGCAUUUGCCGUGAACAAGCUGUUCGUGGGGAACUUUGAGAUUGGAUCAAAAGAUGGAAGAUCCAGGCUGUAGCAAUGGACAACAUACAACAAGACACACUGGAGGGGAACAUUACCUGUGUGGGGAGUGUGGAUACAGGACAACUAAUAGGUCUCACCUAACCAAGCACAUAAGAACUCAUACAGGAGAUAAACCCUACAUGUGUGGUGAGUGUGGAUACAGGGCAGCUCAAAGGUCUACCUUAUCCAUUCAUAUGAGAACUCAUACAGGAGAAAAACCAUUCAUGUGUGAGCAAUGUGACUAUUCUGCUGCUCAGAAAUCUUCACUAGACCUUCAUGUAACUAAGCACACUGGAGAGAAACCCUACAUGUGUGGGGAGUGUGGGUACAGGACAGCUAAUAGAUCUUACCUAUACCAGCACAAAAAAAGUCAUACCAGAGAAAAACUCCUCAUCUGUGGAGAGUGUGGCUACAGGACAGCUCUAAAGUCUUGCCUAUCCAGCCAUAUGAGAACUCAUACAGGAGAGAAACCCUACAAGUGUGACCAGUGUGACUAUUCUGCUGCACACAAAACUACUUUAGACUUUCAUGUAGCUAAACACACUGGAGAAAAACCUUACAUGUGUGGGGAGUGUGGGUUCAAGACAGCUCUCAAGUCUAACUUAUCCCAGCACAUGAGAACUCAUACAGGAGAAAAACCCUACAAGUGUGACCUUUGUGAAUAUUCUGCGGCACGGAAAUCCAGCUUGUACCUUCAUUUGUCUAAACACACUGGAGAAAAACCCUACAAGUGUGGGGAGUGUGAAUACAGGACAGCUAAAAAGUCUAACUUAUCCCUGCACAUGAAAACUCAUACGGGAGAGAAACCCUACAUGUGUGAGAAGUGUGGAUACAAGACAGCUAUAAAGUCUCACUUAUUCCAGCAUAUAAGAACUCAUACGGGAGAAAAACCCUACAAGUGUGACCAGUGCAACUAUUCUGCUGCAAAGAAAUCCAAUUUGGACAGACAUCUAUUUCAACACACUGGAGAAAAACCCUACAUGUGUUGGGAGUGUGGGUACAGGACAGCUCGAAAGUCUCGCUUAUCGCAGCACAUGAGAACUCAUACAGGAGAGAAACCCUACAAGUGUGAGCUAUGUGACUAUUCUGCUGCGCAGAAAACUUCUUUAGACCAUCAUGUAGUGAAACACUCUGGGGAGAAACCCUACAUAUGUGGGGAAUGUGGGUACAGGACAGCUCUAAAGUUUCACUUAUCGCAGCACAUGAGAACUCAUACAAGAGAAAAGCCUUAGAACUCUGACUGAUUCUGUAGCAUGGAAAUCCAGUUUGGACCAGUCUGGAUCAAGCAAAGGCAACCUACAAGACAACUGAAAGGGAUCAUAUCAGAACUUGUACACUUGUACAGAGUGAAACUUGAAUCCAUCCAGAGUUCCAGACAAACGUACCUAAAAUUUGUUGAGGCACACAGCACUAAUUGUGAGUGCAGGAUAUUUUUUUAUUUAGGGACUGACAGAGAAGAAAAACCUUCAAGUUUGAUAAUUAUGACUUGCUUCAUUAUUUGACGAUGUUGAUGAGAAAUUUAGACUCGUAAAAACUUUAUUCUGAAUUAUAACACUUUGAAGUUAGAUGAGCAGACGUUUUCUGAUCACAGUUAACCUUUUGUAUCUAAAUAGGUGUGUUCCUUCUUACACCUUAUUUCUUGGCAUUUGUUUCUUUACAUCAUAAGUCACAUGAUGUUAGUCAAUUCUUCAUACAAGUACACGAUCGUUAUCAACUAAUACUCUUAUACUAAUCAACUAAUACUUAAUAGUCAUAAAAGUGAUGUGUAAUACAAGUUGAAUGGUCAGGCUAUUGUUUACAGCUUACCUUGUUUGUUAACUUUUGUUUGUUUGUUUGUUAUAAUCAUACAAACUUAGCUAGUGAAUAUCUUUCAAUGAAAAUUGUUCAAUGAUCUGUUUUACAUCUAACCUUUGUUAACCCUUUUGUUUAUUACAAUUAUAUGAAGUUAGCCAAUGAUGUAAUAUACAAAUUGUUAUACUUUUUCAUGUUUACCUUGUUUAUUAAUAUUAAAUAUGCAACAAACUGUGCUAUCUCCACAUCUUUAUUUGUGAUUGCAUUGCAACAGAAAAAUUAUACUAUUGCAUAUAUUCUCUCUGUAAUAAUCCAUAUCAGCAACACAGGUGCAGGCACUAUCAACUACGGAGAUGCAAAUUUAAUUGUCCCUUCACCUCUAAAAUAUAUUUUAUUUUCUUCUUUCUUAUAUAGAUAGUGUGUCCAGCACCAAGAGAUCAUAGGAUAUUCUUCAACAUGAAUAUCGUACAAAAGAUUUGAUAUACAUGUACUCACUAGUCUCUAUUUACUUGUCUCUAUUCAGAACUCAUUUAACAAUCACCAUCACCACUUUCUGAAGUAUUCUAGAUCCCUUCACACUACAUGUCUAAACCCACCUGUUUGAUUCCAGCUAUACAUACAAACUCACAUUGCUGGACAAACUUACAAACCCUAUAUGUGCACAUUUGAGAUUCCUGGUGCAAAUGUGGUACGUUAACAGCAAUAGAUAUAUCAGAUCUUGGGCAUUGUACUACCUAAAAGGCACCUAAGGUGUAUUUGUACAUCAGCUCUUUCUUGUAAAGACAAUGCAUGUAAUCUAGUUUUCUAAAAC